UAAAAAGCUCUCACAGAGACAUCUUCCCCUGCAGGAAGCAGGGCGGUCACUGCUCACGUUGGCAGGCUCCUCUUCUGAUGCAGUGGAGAUGGCAGCAAACUUCACCCGCAGCUUCACCACUCUUUGCUGUUUAGCGCUCUGGGGCUUCACCUGCACUUGUGAUGCUACAUACACACCACCACCUCAUUCAACCGUGAAUCCUGGCUUCCCGGUACCAAUGAACACCAACAAUCCUGGCGUUCGCAAGGCAGCUCGCUUUGGGGUUUACCAAUACAACAACAGUUCCAACGACCUAUUUCUGUUUAAAGAAUGGCAAAUAAACAAAGCUAUGGUACAGAUCGUCAGAGGUCUGAAAUACAUGCUCCACGUGGAAAUUGGCCGCACAGUGUGUGAGAAGAGAGGGCACUCCAACCUGGACAACUGUCACUUCCAGAGGAAGAAAAAUCUGCAACAGAUGCUGAAAUGCUAUUUUGAGGUCUGGAUGACACCUUGGUUGCAUAAAGCAGAUGUUCCUGUUUCUCUCUGUCACUGACCCAACUUUCGUCAUGAUUUUGUCAUGAUUUUCAGAGGAUCUACCACCCACGAGUUUUUUUCUUGUCUGGACUUUGGGGCCAAAACUGAGGUGGGGAACACCUGCACAGAAUCACCACAAAACCUCUCUCUCAAAGCUUGCUGGUUCCCCCCCACACCUCUAAGGAAGAUGCUCAAGAUCUGAGUGACAAAGACAAGACUUGCCUUGACUGAAUGUAUCGCUAUCCAGCUGUGUAUCUCUUUUUCUAAAACUAAACAGCAUAUGAGAA